AUGGAAAACAUCGACACUAACUACAAAGUUGUCACUGACGUGACUAUCUUUAAGUUCGAGAAGGUCAUUUCGCUUCUAGGCCGCACCAGAAUAGGUCACGUGCGUUUCAAAAGAGCCCCUAGUGCUCCCCCUCCUCCACUUGCAGAAUCUAAAGUCUAUCAUGCUACGCCAUUGCAGCAAAUCCUGCCACCCACCCUUCACACUCAUGCUGUUGUCACUAACCACUCCUUGGUCCCCAUUGAGGACCUUGAUCAUGAUGUAGUUGACGUAGUUCUCGAGGCCAAGGAGGAGGUCAAGGUUGCGAAGGUCGAUGUUAUCGUCGAUGGCGACGACAGAGAAGCCAAAGCUGGUGAUGGAGAGGUCGAUGUUGGCAGUGGUGGUGGUCUUGCCCACAUCGCCCUUGCCAGAGGUGAUGACAACGAUGUGAGGGGUGGAGUCAGAGAACUCGAGCUUGCAGUUCCAUUAUAA